CACAGAAAUUGUUGAGAGAGAUAGAGAUCAGCGAGAGAGAGAGAGAGAGAGAGAGAGAGGGGAUGUUCCCAACUGAUUGGUGGUGGUGACGAAGAGAGGCAGGCAUUCUUUGAGAAAGGGUCAGCCAUGGAAGUCCCUUUGCAAGUACAGAAACCUCUCUGUUGCAGAGCAAUCUUCACUCCCAGAACCCACUUCAGGAUCAAACCUUUUCUUGGCUUCUUCCCUCAUGGAACUACCAAUCAAUCUUCACAAUCUUCUUCAUGGCAAAGAGACUUCACAGUGGCUCGGGUUUCAAAUCGAAUAACUGCAAGUUCAGAUUUUUCAAGAAGACCUAAAAAAAUGUCGACUCCAAGGUCUAAAGAUUCUUCUCCAAAAGGAUUUAUGCCAAAAUCAGAGGUGGGGACAGGUAUUCAGAAGUGGGAUCAAAGGAAUAAUGAAGAGAAAGAACGGCAGAGUACUGCUAGGUCCAGUGAGUAUGAUGGUCCGAACAAUAAAAGAGUUGAAAUGAAAGUCAAUACUGAUAAAGAACAGUUGGUCGGAGUUAAUCGAGCAAACAAAAUUGAAGAAGAUCAAGAGGGUUUAGUUGAUGGAAAAGUUAAAGAGGCUUCGUCGAUAAGAAAACAAGUGGUGGCUACAAAAGUACAUCAAGUGGCCGAAAAUGGAAGAAUUGCUUCAAUUAAUGAGGACUUUACAAAGCUACCUGUACAAAAAACAAUUGUAAAGACUGUUGAGGAUGGGGUAGAUAGAGCUGGCUUAGAAGGAAUGCCCUUGGAUAUUGCCGAGAGUGAAGUUGUGAAGCACAAUGAAAGGAUUGAAAUGGAUGAGUCAAAAAAAACAAUUAUGACUGCAAAGAGUGAUGUUAGAGAUGCAUUGAGCAGAACGGAUUUAGAAGGAAAACAUUUGGGUGGUCUUGGGAGUGAUGAUGUCAGAAAAAAGGAAAGCAUUAAGAUUGACAAAGAUAACACCCGGAAUCAGUCUAGGAAAUCAGAAUCAGUGAAGCAAGUCAACAUGUUAGACAGUAAAGAAAAAGAGAAUGAGAUUUAUCAAAAAGAAAAAGAGAAUGAGGAUUCUUCUCUAAAAUUGAAGUUGGAGAUGGAAGCUAUCAUGCGUAAACAGGUGCUUGAGAGGCUUGCUGAGGAGAACUUCUCAAAAGGGAUUAAAAUGUUAUACUAUCCUGAGGUAGUCAAACCGGAUCAAGAUAUGGAAGUGUUCCUUAAUAGAAGCCUCUCCACUCUACAUAGUGAAUCCAAUGUAAUGAUCAUGGGAGCCUUCAACGAUUGGCAAUGGAAAUCUUUUACUGCAAAGUUGAACAAGUCUCAUCUCAAAGGGGAUUGGUGGUCUUGCCAGGUUCAUGUUCCUAAAGAAGCAUACAAAAUGGAUUUUGUUUUCUUUAACGGAAAGGAUGUCUAUGACAAUAAUGACACAAAAGAUUUCUGUAUAACUGUGGAAGGUGGAAUGGACGCAUUUGCAUUUCGUGAUUUCUUGCUUGAGGAGAAACGGAGGGAACUUGAGAAACUUGCCAAGGAGCAAGCUGAAAGGAAAAGGCAGGCAGAGGAACAGAGGCGAAUAGAGGCAGAGAAGGCUGCAAGUGAAGCUGAUAGAGCACGGGCAAGAGAAGAGGUUCAUAGGAAAAAAGAAAUUUUGCAGGAAUUGAUGAAAAAGGCCGUAAGGUUUGUUGAUAAAGUCUGGUACAUAGAGCCUAGUGAGUUCAAAGGUGAGGAAAAGGUCAGGUUAUAUUAUAACAGGAGCUCAGGUCCACUUGCUCAUGCUAAGGAUCUGUGGAUGCACGGAGGUCACAAUAAUUGGAAGGAUGGUUUGUCUAUUGUCGCAAGGCUUUUCAGCUCUGACAAAAAGGAUGGUGACUGGUGGUAUGCUGACGUUGUUGUACCUGAUCAAGCCUUUGUUUUGGAUUGGGUUUUUGCUGAUGGUCCACCUCAGCAGGCCAUGCUUUAUGAUAACAAUCAUCAUCAAGAUUUUCAUGCUACUGUCCCCAAAGGCUUCCUUGAUGAACAGUAUUGGGUUGAAGAAGAACAUCAGAUCUAUAGAAAACUCCAUGAGGAAAGGAGGUUAAGAGAGGAGGCAAUACGCACCAAGGCUGAACGAGCAGCACGUAUGAAGGCCGAAAUGAAGGAGAGGACUUUUAAAAGGUUUCUGUUGUCUCAAAAGCAUAUAGUGUACACGGAGCCUCUAGGUAUUCGAGCAGGAAGUAACGUGACAGUUUUCUACAAUCCUGUGAAUACAGUUCUGAAUGGAAAACCUGAAAUUUGGUUUAGAGGCUCAUUUAACCGUUGGACCCACCAUAUGGGCCCAUUGCCACCACAAAAAAUGUUGCCUGCAGAGAAUGGUUCUCAUGUCAAAGUCACUGUCAAGGUUCCACUGGAUGCAUAUAUGAUGGACUUUGUGUUCUCCGAGAGGGAAGAUGGUGGAGUGUUUGAUAACAAAAAUGGUAUGGACUACCACAUACCUGUGUCUGGAGGAGUUCUGAAGGAGCCACCUAUGCACAUUGUGCAUAUUUCUGUUGAAAUGGCACCCAUUGCAAAGGUUGGCGGCCUUGGUGAUGUUGUCACUAGUCUUUCCCGUGCUAUUCAAGAUUUAAACCAUACUGUCGACAUUAUCCUUCCAAAGUAUGAUUGUUUGAACCUUAGCAAUGUGAAAGACUUCGAGUUUCGGAAAAGCUAUUCUUGGGGUCGGACUGAAAUAAAAGUCUGGUUUGGGAAGGUUGAGGGCCUUUCUGUCUACUUUUUGGAGCCUCAAAAUGGAUUGUUUUCGACAGGGUGCAUAUAUGGUGGUAAAAAUGAUGGGGAGAGAUUCGGUUUCUUUAGCCAUUCUGCUCUUGAAUUUCUUCUCCAAAGUGGAUUUCAUCCUGAUAUUAUCCAUUGCCACGAUUGGUCUAGUGCUCCAGUUGCAUGGUUGUUUAAGGAUCAUUAUGUGCAUUAUGGUCUUAGUAAAGCUCGGGUUGUCUUUACAAUUCAUAACCUUGAAUUUGGAGCACCAUUAAUUGGGAAAGCAAUGGCGUACUCAGACAAGGCUACAACUGUUUCACACACUUACUCAAAGGAGGUUUCUGGAAAUCCUGCAAUUGCUCCUCAUCUGUACAAGUUCCAUGGUAUAUUAAAUGGAAUCGACCCUGAUAUGUGGGACCCAUAUAAUGAUAAAUUUAUUCCAGUAUCAUAUACUUCUGAAAAUGUUGUUGAAGGCAAAAGGGCUGCCAAGCAAGCCUUGCAGCAAAGACUUGGGAUCAAAACAGCUGAUCUGCCUCUGUUAGGAAUUAUUACUCGUUUAACUCAUCAGAAAGGGAUCCACCUCAUCAAGCAUGCCAUUGGGCGCACCCUUGAUCGCAAUGGACAGGUUGUAUUGCUGGGUUCUGCUCCAGAUCCUCGCAUUCAAAAUGAUUUUGUUAAUUUGGCAAAUCAGUUGCAUUCUUCAUAUGGUGACCGUGCACGCCUGUGUUUGACCUAUGAUGAGCCCCUUUCUCAUUUGAUAUAUGCCGGUGCAGAUUUUAUUUUAGUCCCUUCAAUAUUCGAGCCAUGUGGAUUAACUCAACUGACAGCAAUGAGAUAUGGUUCAAUACCUGUUGUUCGUAAAACUGGAGGACUUUACGAUACUGUAUUUGAUGUUGACAAUGAUAAAGAGAGAGCAGAAGCUCAAGGUCUUGAACCAAAUGGGUUCAGUUUUGAUGGAGCUGAUGCAGCCAGUGUUGAUUACGCUCUUAAUCGAGCAAUCUCUGCUUGGUAUGAUGGUAGGGAUUGGUUCAACUCGUUAUGCAAGCGGGUGAUGGAGCAGGACUGGUCAUGGAACCGGCCAGCUCUUGAUUACUUGGAACUUUACCACUCUGCUCGCAAGUGAAAAACAAGAAACUACUGAGGAACAGAUACAUGGCUUAAAAGGGAGAUGCGACGUACCAUGAUCCUGUCCCACAAUUGUACAGGUUUAGUGAUAUUAAAUUUUGUUCCUGUUUUUGUUUGUCUAGAUGCUGAAGUGUGUGCAUAAUAAUAAUUCGCCCCAAUGUGAAUAAUGCGAGGAAAUAAUAGCAGCUGUAGCCUGAUAUUGUUUUAUCCAUUUGUUUAGCAUGAAUUCAUAGCUUAGCAUCAAUAAUUACAGUUGAUUGUUGGAGCAUCGUGAAGUUCCAAAUUUAUUUUGUAUUUGUUAAUUUGGAGUUUUAUAUGUCCAAAAGGAUCAAAUCAGAGCAAUAUUUUCAUUGUAAUUUGCCAAUCUUCCUGUCAUUGAUA